CACCGUUGUGGAUGCACCACUCAAGUAUGGAAGGGAGUCGAUCAUUGCCAGGGCAAUCAAGCGGCAUAAAAGUAUGAUCUCUACAAGGAAAAAACAAUUUGCUGCAGUUUUAAAGGGAGGGCCCGAAAGUGACUCGUUGGCCUUGGAAUUCGCUCUGUCAGCCAGGUAUCCCCAACUUGACGGCUAUGAAUCAAAGUCGACUACGAUAUAUCGAAGCUCGAGGAAGCUCAAGGCUAAGAAUAAGGACAGUCAGCCAUUUUCAAGUUACAUGGCAGUCGGGACGGCACCCAACGGCCAGUUCACCUUCUCUUGUCCUUGUAGUAGUAAGUAUGAAUUCCUUGAAGACAAACCUACUCGUUCUAAGCACCUUCCUUCAUAG